UUAAGUUUCCGUCUUCCCUCGUUAAAUAGUUUUUACCUUUUCAAUUCAGAAAAAUCUUGCUUUUCAUCAUUGUAUUUUAUGCCUUCUCUUGAAUUCUUUUUCACUGCACGUAAAUUUGUGUUAACAACAUUAAAGAAUUCUUGAUUGGGGACAUAUAUACAUACAUUUCUCAGAUAAUUUUUUGUGCAGGCGCCCUUUGGUUGUAGCUCUGUAUUCCGUCCAAAAAGCAGCAGUAUAAGGUGGGGAGGGAAAAACACUACUCCAAAAAAAGACUCUCAAAUGCCCACCAUAUUCUUGUCGGUAUAUUCAAAUUCUUCCCUCUGAGAUCUACCUUUCUUGGUUAUUAUUUCCUAUCCUGCCUUUCCGUGUUCCAACCCUCAUUGAUUGGUCUAUCAUUUGCUUUCAAUUUUUCAUCCCUAUCAGAGCCCAGAAAAAGCAUCCGAUUUUGUUGGCAUUUAGAUUUAGGUGCUUUUAUUCUUUUCUUCAUGCAAAGGAAUUAGGAAAAGAUCAUAUUCCCGGCUUGUGUUUUUCUGGAAAACGAAAGGAGAGGUUUGGUGGUGGAGGAGGAGAAUGUGAUUUUGACAAAAAAAAUUGGUGUUGGGUUUAGUUUUUGUGUUUCUAAAUUUGAUUUUCGAUUUCUCUUUGGUUACGGAAUCAUUCUUGAAGACGUGUUAAGUUGUUACUUACCAUCCUCUUCCCUCCUCAUUCUUGAAGCAAUCAUUCUUGCUGCAAGCUAUAAAUGAAUGUAAUGUAGAGCACCUUUCCUAUUAUUCCUCUCAGUAAUAGGCAUCCCUAUUCCCUGUCCUUGUUCCUCUCUCUCAGUGCAGGGUAAUAGCAUAGCAUUUUUUCCCUUCUGCUGCAAAAAUUUCUAUUUUUCCUUAUUAUCCCAUGCGCCUUUUCCUCCCAUUACUUACUUUUGUUUCUCAUUUUCAUCCAUAAGUGAUGUUUUUGUAACACUCUCUGACUGUUUGUUGAACCACUUCCUUUAUCUUCUUCCUAUCUAAUGUUCAGUUCAUCUUUAGCUAAAAAAAUCCGCAAGAAUAGGCUUCCGUUCUUUCAGUCUUUUGGUUUUCCUCCUGCAUUUCAUCCAUUUCAUCGGUUGAAACCUUUCAGAAUAUCAGAGUUGGGUCCAUCCUUGAGUAGUAAUCCUAUCUGGGUUUUACACAGUAUCUUGAAAUUCACACAAAAAGUCCAUCUCUAAUCUACUCCUGAAAUAUUCCCCACUUAGGUCGCCUGGACAACCAUAGUCUUAAACAAUGGCUCCAUCUUUAUAUUGGUGGGCGAAAAAACCUCACAGGGGCACACCUGUAGUUGUGAAAAUGGAGAACCCGAACAAUUGGUCUAUGGUGGAGCUAGAAUCCCCCUCGGAGGAAGAUUUUAUCUACCCAAAUGACGCCAUCCCGAAAGGUUGCCGCAACAAGAACGCGAAACAACUCACCUGGGUUCUCCUCCUGAAAGCCCACAAAGCAGCAGGCUGCCUCACGUCCUUUGCCGCGGCAUUGUUCUCCAUUGCCGCCAUCGUCCGCCGUCGUGUUGCCUCCGGCCGCACUGACUCCACCGACAAGUCAUCUACAGAAAAUCCAACCAUCAAGUCGAGAUUCUACAUUUGCAUCAGGGUAUUCCUUUGGCUCUCUCUAGUACUGCUUUGUUUUGAAACUGUUGCUUAUUUUGAAGGGUGGCAUUUUGGAACACCGGAUCUUCAGCUACAACGCCUUUACACUUUAACAAAUCCUUUCAUGGUUAAGACCGUGUUUGAUUCGCUUUAUUCGAAUUGGGUUUUGAUCAGGGUGGGGUAUCUUGCUCCACCGCUUCAGUUCUUGGCCAAUGUGUGUAUCGUCCUCUUCCUUAUCCAGAGUCUGGACAGGUUUAUUCUGUGUUUGGGUUGCUUCUGGAUCAAGCUUAGGAACAUUAAACCCGUACCCAACCAAGAUCUUGCAGACCUAGAGUCCGGUGAUGGAGAUGGUUAUUUCCCAAUGGUAUUAGUUCAGAUUCCCAUGUGCAAUGAAAAAGAGGUUUAUCAACAAUCUAUUGCGGCUGUGUGUAAAUUGGACUGGCCUAAGGGGAAAUUACUGAUUCAAAUUUUGGAUGAUUCUGAUGAUUCGACAACGCAGUUGAUGAUUAAAGACGAUGUGUACAAAUGGCAGCAGAAUGGUGCCAACAUUAUAUACAGACAUAGAGUGAUUAGGGAGGGUUAUAAAGCUGGCAAUCUUAAGUCCGCCAUGAAUUGUAGCUAUGCUAAAGAUUAUGAGUUUGUUGCCAUUUUUGAUGCUGAUUUCCAGCCAAGCCCCGAUUUUCUCAUGCAAACUGUUCCUUACUUCAAGGAAAACGAGGAACUAGGAUUGGUUCAGGCAAGGUGGUCAUUUGUGAACAAAGAUGAAAAUCUGCUCACAAGGAUGCAGCUAAUUAACUUAGCGUUUCAUUUUGAAGUCGAACAACAGGUUAAUGGGAUUUUCCUCAACUUCUUUGGAUUUAAUGGGACUGCUGGUGUGUGGAGGAUAAAAGCAUUGGAAGAAUCGGGUGGUUGGUUGGAGAGGACUACAGUUGAGGAUAUGGACAUUGCUGUACGCGCUCAUCUCCAUGGAUGGAAAUUCAUCUUUCUCAAUGAUGUCAAGUGCCAGUGUGAACUGCCGGAAUCUUAUGAAGCUUACCGAAAGCAACAACACAGAUGGCACUCUGGGCCAAUGCAGUUAUUCCGACUCUGUUUGCCAUCAAUUAUUAGAUCAAAGAUCAACAUUUGGAAGAAAGUAAACCUGAUUUCUCUCUUCUUCCUACUAAGAAAACUAAUACUUCCAUUCUACUCGUUCACCCUUUUCUGUAUCAUUCUUCCGAUGACUAUGUUUAUUCCAGAGGCCACCCUCCCCUCAUGGGUCGUUUCUUAUGUACCUGCUGCCAUGUCGUUUCUCAAUAUUCUGCCAGCACCGAAGUCAUUCCCCUUCAUAGUACCUUACCUGCUCUUCGAGAACACCAUGUCGGUGACGAAAUUCAAUGCUAUGAUUUCCGGCCUUUUCCAACUAGGGAGUGCAUAUGAGUGGAUAGUCACCAAGAAAUCCGGCCGCUCCUCCGAGGGCGAUCUCAUAUCCUUAGUGGAGAAGCCAAAGCACCAGCGAGGUUGCUCAGAGCCUAAUCUGGAUGGGAUACGGGAGGAAAUCAUACAACAGGAGCACCAGGCUUUUCACAAGAAGAAGUACAAUAGGAUAUAUACAAAAGAGUUGGCGCUAGCUUUCCUUCUAUUGACGGCUUCAGCAAGAAGUCUCUUGUCCGCUCACGGGAUCCAUUUUUACUUCUUGCUGUUUCAAGGGAUAUCGUUUUUGCUCGUGGGGCUGGACUUGAUUGGUGAGCAGGUGGCGUAAAUAAAUAUGUAAAGUCGACAUGUCUUUGGAGCAGAUGGGGACACUGAAGCUAUAAACUCAACACGAGAAGAACAAAGGCUGGACACGAAAAAUUUGUGGAAUCCCAAUAGUAGGAUGAAAGAGUUGCUUUGCCCAUGCCUUCCACCCAACUUCUUGAACAUAAAACACAGAUUAGGAAACUAUGCAUGAGAAACGAUUGCACUUCAGCAUGGCAUAUGCCGACACCGUAGAAAUAGUGGUACUAGGUUUUCAUUUUGGUUUCUUAUUUUCUACUUCCUUCUUCCGUUUUGGAUUAUUUUGUUCUUUAUGUGUUUUCUUGUAAGAAGAAUUGUUUUCUUUGGAAUCCAAAAGGGAGUUUGGUCGGA